AUGUAUGUGAUCGGCCCAGACGUGGGCCUGGAGGCCCUUUCAAACAGGGCAAUUGAUUACACCUUGCUGCCUGGCAGGUGGAGACUGAUAUACACAACAGCCCCAGAUGUCAGGCCACUCUUGAUUGCGGAUCGCCCUGCACCCUUUCAAGUCGGCAACAUCUAUCAGCAAUUUUCAGAUGUGGAGCAGGGCGACGUCCAGAACAUCAUCGAGUUCAGCAUUCCCAUGCUACUCCAGAAAGGAACCGUGGAGGUGCGAGCAAAGUAUGACAUCAGGAGCCCUCAGCGCAUACGCCUGAUGUUCCAGGAAGCUGGAGUGAGGAACUUGAGUAUCACAGAUGAGCUGGAGUUGCUCUUGGCCCCUGCAAUACUGCCGCGGUCUUGGUUGAAUCAUCAGGUCCUCCUGGCAUUGAGGGAGGCGGAGGUCUUUGUGCCGCUGCGCGCCAGACUGCCAGCCCUAUUCCAGAGCGCCUCCACCAGUCUGGAGAGGAAUUUUGGGUCGGAUUACCUGUUGACGUACUUGGACGAUGACACGCUGAUUGGCUCCCAGACAGGCAGUGGAGGGACUUUCAUCUUUGUGCGAGACUGA